AUGCUCUUUCCCGAAUUCUUCAAUCGUCUGUUGCCCACCCUCACCGUCGCCCAAUGGAGUCAGGGCGUCGCGGGUGACGAUGAACCCAUCGAGAACUCGGUCAAGCAAAUCGCCAUCAUUGGAGCCGGAGCUGCCGGGUCUUCAACGGCAUAUGCCCUGCACAAGUAUGCCCAAGAAGAAGGCCUCACCAUCAAUGUGACGUUGUUCGAGAAGACCGAUCGCAUCGGUGGUCGCACACUCACCGUGAAUGUUUAUGACAAUCCAAUCGAGCCCGUUGAGCUUGGCGCGUCCAUCUUUGUCAAGGUCAACAACAUCCUAUGGCAGGCCACUCAGGACUUCAAUCUUUCCGUCAUUGAACCUGGCACCGACGAAGCAGGACUUCUAGGCAUCUGGGAUGGCGAUAAGUUCGUGUAUCAGCAGGACUCGGAAUCUUGGGAAUGGUGGAGCCUGGCCAAGCUGUUCUGGCAGUACGGCACAGCUCCGUACUACACCAACAAGCUCGUGCAACAGACUGUCGCGUCGUUCUUGAAGCUCUAUGAGGCACCUUACUUCCCCUUCCGGUCUCUAACCACGAGGGUGUUUGAACUCGGCCUCGUCAAGAUUACCGGAGUGACCGGGCUACAGUUUUUGGCGGAGAACAAGCUUGACGGCCCUUUCGCACACGAAAUCGUCCAAACUGGCACUCGUGUCAACUAUGCCUCAAAUCUUGCUUACAUCCACGGAAUGGGCGCCAUGGUUUCUAUGGCUGCUGAAGGUUCGAUGGCAAUUGCGGGCGGCAACUGGCAGAUCUUUUCCAACAUGGUCAAGUCCUCCAACGCGCAUGUUUACCUGAAAACCUCAGUGACGUCGAUUGGCUUGAAGCCCAGCAAACAGCCAAAUGCGCCAAAGCCAAAAUACAUCCUGAAGACAGCGGAUGCUGGUUCGGAUCCCGCAACCUCGGAGGCGUAUCCUACCGCCUUUGACGAUGUGGUCAUUGCAACCCCUUACCAGUUCAGCAACAUCAGCCACGGCAACGGCGUGAUGCAACGCCCCAUUGACACAAUCCCCUAUGCAACCCUGCACGUCACCCUAUUUGCCUCGCCAUUCCGCUUUAGUACCGAGUUCUUCAACUUGAAACCAGGCAGUGAAACCCCCACCUCUGUCCUAACCACGCUUGGCCAGGGCGAAGAGCCGCAACCUGGCUCAGCAGGCGCUGGAAAGGCAGGCUUCUACUCGGCCACAUUAGUGAAGAAAGCCACCAACCCCAAGACGACGCAGACUGAAUACAUCUACAAGAUAUUCUCACCCAACGAGCUCACGCCCGAGUUCCUGUCGUCGCUUCUCGGGGUGAAGGUGCCCGAAACGUUCACGCGUUCGACCGAAGCUGAGGAUGAAAAGGAAUACGACGUGGUCGAUCCAAUUUCAUGGUACUACCCUACCGUGUUCCACCCCUACCCCCAGGAGCUCCCGCGCGUCACGUUCCAAGACCCCGUUUUGGGGCCGGGACUCUAUUAUACGUCGGGUAUUGAGAGCUUCAUCUCCACAAUGGAAACUAGUGCGCUCAUGGGAAAAAACGUGGCGAGACUGAUUGUGGAUGAUUACCUAGCGGCCAAGCCAGCAGAGGAGCAGCCAGAGAAGGCUGUUGGAGAGGACCAGGAGCAGAAGGCCGUGGGUGAAGACCAGGUGCAGAAGGCCGUGGAUGAAGACCAGGUGCAGAAGGCCAUGGGUGAAGAUCAGGUGCAGAAGGCCAUUGGAACUGAUGAGCUGUAA